AUGGGUGUAGUCCCCAAAGACACACCAUUCGUGUGUAAUCAGAGCUGCAAAUCAGUGUGCCCUUUAGAUAUUGCUAAUUGUAAGGAAGACAGGUAUGUUGUAUUUAAAUUUGAUUCAUUAGUCAAAUAGUUAUUUGUUUCCAAAAUAACUAGUUUUGUUAGUGAAAAUUUUUAUUGUACCUUUUUGACUGUGUAAUUUUUGGUUGUCGACCAGUUAUACAUGCAAGCUGAAAUAAUUUGUGGAUUUACAACAAAUUUAUCAUAUGAGGCCUAAAGGCCCCAGUAAAUGAUCAUUUUUGAAAAUUCAUUUACCGCAAAGGUCUUAAUUUAUUAGUGGGCCACUCAAACCCGACCUUUAUAUGUUUUCAAGUCUUAAGAACUAUCUGCCGUAGACUAGACUAGCAGUAUGGUAUUUCAUUUUCCUUUUUUUUUUUCAUUUUAGUAAUAACUUCAGUUUACUGGUAACUUUACUUUUGAUUAUUAUUAGGAAAAAAACCUAAAAAAGCUGAUUGUUAAUGUCAACAAACAAAAGGAUGCACUAAAGAAGAAUGGAAUCACAGUGGAUGGAGUGCAUUAUGCUGUGAGAUUUAAAGGUAAGUUUCACAUAAUAAUUAAUAAGGUAUUUUUUAGUACCAUAAUUUUCAAUCCAAAUGCCUGCAUGCACAUUGACCUGUUUUUAAAAUUUAUAUCUACAGUUAUACUUGACCUGAAGACCCUCUAUUUUUUGCUGGAACAAAUAGGGAAAGAGAACUUUGGGAAACAAGGAACUGAAGUAGAGUGUUGCUUUAUAUGCAAAGCAUUGAGAGUAUGUGGAUAUAUUCAAAAUCUCUGAGUCAACAAAUUCUACUAUGCAGGUUUUGACCUUACCAAUGACCAACUUACUAAUAUAGUACUAUUAGAUUUUCAGUUGUGCUGGGUAAAAUUUCUUAGAAAAAACUAGCUAUGAAUAAUGGCUAUUUUUAUGGGAUGUUGCGAUCUUGGUCCACAUACAGUUUGUUUGAAACACUUUAGCAUGUCCAAGGCCAAUAUUGGAGGGUAAUUUAAUUAUAAUUUUGGUUUACUAAGAAUUCUCCGAUGAUACUUGUUGAGGCAUGCAGCCCUUGAUUAUUCAUGAAUUUCAGCAUUUGUAGUUGUCAUUUUGAAUUCACAGUAACUUCUAAUUAUAAAAGGCAUUCAAAACAUUAAGGUUAUCUCAAUACGGUUAACCUCUAUUCAAAAAAUUAAAUUCCCUGGUGUAGUGAGUGAAUCCCUUCAUCCCAGCAUUUAUAGCUUAACAAGUAUGUUUUCUAUAAAAGACUCACUUUUUAUAUAGACCUCAUUUUAGCAAUAAUAUUUUGUAAAUUAAGCCUUGCCUUUUGCAAAAGGGGAAGUUCCACAGCAUGGAAAAGGAAGCAACAAGCUUUUUUUGGAAAAACAUGAUGUUUAAUGCCCCUGUCUAUAAAAUGUUGGCAAUCAUCCUUGUCUUGUUUUCCUAGAGAGCACAUAUUAUUUUCCCAUAAUAAUAUACCACAGUCUUCCUUUACUGUAGGUGUGUCAAUGUUGUAGGGGCACUGUCAUAAGAGACUGAAAACCUGUCGAGUAAAAUACUUGAGUUUGAAAUCUAUAAAACUGUUAAGUACCACUUCAGGGGAGAUAUCCCCCACAACUAACAGAAUAAUGAAUCUUCUUUUUUCUAGUUUCAAAGGCAUCCGUGAUGACUUAGAGUUCCUUCUUAAAGAGGAUUUAUCGUCUAUUAAUCUCUGCGCCCUUCACUGCGAACUUAGAAAUACCGACGAGUUGUUGUCAUCAUUGGGUUUGUUUUCGUACAAAGUGGGUUCACUUGAUGAAUGUAAUGCCGAAUUGGCAAAUUAUGGCCCUGAGAAUUUUAGCAGCAGAAUAACAGUGAAGAUGAAGGAGGGCCAAAAAACUGCUGUUGAAAAGCACAACAUUCAGGUGUCUUCAUUUUCAGGUACCUUCUAUAUUGUUUCAUUUUUAUCAUGAUUGCUUUCAUUCCCUUUAUCCACUUCAGGGCUUUUACUUUUGUGCUGUAGCAGCUGCUUGAGUUUCAUUUGUACAAUACCUUGAUCCUUAAUAUGAAAACUGUAACACUGGUUUGUAAUGAAGAUGUCAUUAAUUUGUGAAUUUAAAUCCUGUUUGUUUCUUUCUGUACUAUUUUUCCUGAAGGUUCUACUGAACGUGAGUUCCUCACAAACAUUGAAACGAUUGUCAGGAACUCCUUGCUUCGUGACAAAUUGAAGUCAUAUUUUGCUGAUCCAGAAAGUGCUAAAGAGGCACUGCUGAAUAAAGUCACAUUAUUUUUGCACUGAUAGAAUCAAGGUAUGGCUCAGGAUAUCACAUGAUUUGAAUCUUUCACUUAAACCAGUGCAACACAAUAAUAUUUUUUGUGUAGUAUGUAGAAACAUACACUGAAAAAAAUGGUUUAAAAAAAUGUUUAAAAUAUUCAAUGAAUUUGUAAUAAUUUGUUCUAGUACUAUCAGGACAUGGCUAUUCCAGACACAUUCACCAGAGACUUUGGUUCAAAGCAGGAGACUAUUACCCUCACAGGUUCAGGUACAUGUUACAAUCAUUAUACUGUUAUUUAAAACCUUUCCUUCCCAUUGACUGUGAUAAACCAGACAGUUUGAAUUAAUGACUGCAUUUACAUCCAUCUACACUGGAAGUUGUGAUAGGCUAGCUAACACUGUUAGUAUUAAUACAACCCCAUGAAGACAGUGACCAUUGUGUAUCAAGGGUACAUCAUUAUUGCAUCAGAUUACUGCAUCCCAACUGAGUGAAUGUUCCUUAGCAUGUAAAGGACACCCAAUGGUUUGUGUUCUUGCAUAAUAGUCCUCCCUUAAAAAGAAUACCCCCUUACACUUCGUGAUGUGACUACCUAAAUUGUUUUCCUUAGAAACUGGAAAAGAAGUUCAAAGAAGACUUGAAUUCUGGCAGGGUAAGCUACGUGAAAUCGAGGAAAGAUAUGUGGAACUGUCAGAGAAGUGUGUUGGUGGGUCGGUUGCUAAAGGGAAACGAGGAAAGAAAAGGCAGAAGGUGGACAAUGCUGAUCUUUCUCAGCUAUCUGAUUAUGCAGCAGAAUUAAGUGUUCUACUAAUUGUUUUUAAAGGUAAUCAAAUAAUCAAGUCUUUUUUUUACUUAAUUGACACAUUGACACAUUGGACAGUUUUAUGAGAAGUAAGAUAUGGGGCAAAAUCCAGACACGUGAAGUUAAAACUAGUCAAGCUGACUUUGCUUUUUUGAACAAAAUUCUUAACUUUAAUUUAACAAGUGGCAGUUACAGAACACAGGUCACAAGGGAAGGUCACUGCAUGCUCAUAAAAAAAACUGAGAUAGGCAGUUUCCCCUUAACUUAAAACACCUCAUUUCAGAUUGUAAUUUGGGCUUUUCGUUAUUAUUCAUUUUGAUUUCAGGUUUACACCGACUGGAAAGACAUUUCUGAAGUUAUUAGAAGUACUGUCUUCGAGAAAGAUUAGCAAGAUUUAAUUGACAUUGUUGGCGUACAGGUAUGUGUCAGGUAAUUCACUUUUAGUAAGAGUGUAAAGGGGAAAUUCCACCGUUACGGACAUUACACUCAGAGAGCAUUUUUUAACUUUGAUCUCCUGUCCUGUUCACAAUAUGCAGUAUAAUUUGUUUCCUUCAAACGUUUCAUAAAUCACAGGAACUGAGCCUUAAAAGUCGUGAUUAAAAUUGACGGUUGUUUUAGCUGUAAUGUCUGUAACAGGCCUUUCAGUCAAAAUCAGAGGGAGCUAAAAAUUUGUUCUCUGAGUAUUUUUUUAUUGUGCAAAAGGCAAGCCAUUAUAGUGCAAUGUGGUUGAUACAAAACAGCAAUUUAAUGCAUAUUUUUUAUUGGCAAAUGCUCAAAGUUUUCUUCAGUCACAUUAAAUUUCUCUGAGGUCUAUCUUAACUGCUUUGGUUCCCUAAAAGGUUGUGUUAUGGACAUUACACCAAGUGUGACGGACGUUACUGUCUGUGAAUUUUUUCUUGAAAAUUAUAUUAUGUGCAUUAUGAUGCUAACAAAUUGCUUAUUUCAUUUAUUUUUAUGUGUUAAGUUUACCAUCAGCAAUGUAUAGAAGCCUUGAAAAUUAAGUGAAAACAAAAGCUGUUUUGUAAUUAUAGCUGGUCAGCACAUUCCUUUUCAAAGCAUUCUCUGAACAUUCUUUGAAAGAAAACGACUGACCAGUAGUUUUAAUCACAUUAUGACAUCUCAUUGUACUCUGAAAGUUACAUAAACAAGAUGGUUGUCUUUUCUAAAAAAAAAAUGUCAAAACAGGGGCUGAAAGGGCCAGAACUUUUAGAACAAGACUCAAAGUAGAUGUUGAGAGCUAUAAGGCCUAUAAGAACAAAGACAAAGAAAGGAAAAGAGUGCAAAGAAAAGGUGAAGCCCUUAGUCCAAGUGAAGUUGCAAGAAGGAAGAAACUCACCCGUGAAAGAGUCAGAAAAUGCAGGCAAAGACAAAAAGAGAAGAAAGCAAAAAACUCUUCCCAAGACCAAGAUGUAUCACAAGCUUACCAAACACCUGAAGCUCUAGGAAAGGCUCUCGGUAAGGUAAGCAGCAGAGUGCUUCCCCAAAGCCCCAGAAAACGAAAGGCUGUGGUUUUCAAACUAGCACAUGCUUCAGGUUUUCUUAGGAAAAAGAGGUGCACUAGAAGUAACAGGGGUCUUCCAAAAGAGACGGUAAAUCUUGUUAAAGUUUUCUUUCAGCUUGACUCCAUCUCUCGCCAAGCACUAGGCAGAAAAGACUUUGUCACUGUUCGGGAAAACAACACAAAACAUCAUAUCCAGAAAAGGCACUUGUUGUGGUCCCUUAGGGAAUGCUAUAGCAUAUUCAUGAAAGAAAAUCCCACCACUGAGAUUGGCCUUAAUAAGUUUUGCUCCUUAAGGCCAGUGAAUGUCUUGCUCUCUGCUGACAUGCCUAGAGAUGUUUGUCAAAAUGCUUUGUGAGAGCCUGCAUAAGGAAAUAGAUGAUUUUCCACUGUACUCAGGAAGUUUUGCAGAAAAUUUUGUUUGCAACCCUGAGUCAGAAGUUUGCAUGCUUGGCAAAUGUAAAAAGUGUGCAAAAUGCCCCAGCUUGUUGCAAAAAAUAAGGUCAAGUGCAGGAAACCUUGAUGAGCAUGCAACAUGGUAUCAGUGGGAGCAUGUGGAACAAAUGGUGCAGGCAAAGAAAGGAAAAAGCAUGAAAGGUAAAGAAAAUUGAGAAAGUUCUGAAAGAGGGUACUGGUGAUGAUUUACUGGAAGAUCUAGAAGUUCAGCUGCCAUCAUUCUUAGAACAUGUGUUUGUAAAGCGACAACAGGCAAGAAUUUUCAAAGAGAAGAUGGAACAUCUGACAGAGGAAGAGGCAGUGGUGCAAGUUGAUUUUGCUGAAAAUUUCAGCUGCAAGUACCUGGGAGAAGUUCAGUCAGCACACUGGAGCCAAGACCAAGUUACCCUGUUCACUGUUGCAAUCUGGACAAAGUCUGGAGACAAAAACAGCUGUUGUGAAUCUCACGUCAUUGUUUCAGAUGAUUUGAAGCAUAACAAAACAUCUGUUGCCGUGUUCAUGUGCAAAGUUGCAAACGACCUUGUGAAGGGGAGACACCCAAACAUAACUUGAGUUUGGAUAUUUUCAGAUGGACCAAGCUCGCAGUUCAAGAACAGGUACAUUGCCCAUUUUCUCCAUUUACUUCAAGGUCAAGGUCUUAACAUCCAGUGGAACUACUUUGCCACAUCACAUGGGAAAGGGGCUGUUUAUGGUAUCGGGGGAACUGUGAAGUGCAUGGUUUGGAAUGCUGUAUCCACAAGAAAGGUGGAAGCAGUCAAAGAUGCUUGCUCUUUUGCAAGUGUUGCAAAUAAGUUGAGCACAUCUGUUGCGGUGACCUUUGUUGGAUCUAAAGAAUUAGAAGCUACUGAAGACUUACUUGGAUUAAAGAAAUUCUUCUCUGUUACACCAGUAAUCCCAGGUAUUGCCAAAUUUCACAGCUUAGAACCACUCAGGAAUGGCCUUAUUCGUUGCCGUACAUACUCUUACCAGAGUACCUGGAUUGAAAUGGGUGCAUUGUCCAGUUUUCUGGUUCAGAA